CAUACGGACUCAUUCGUCCGGUCCGUCACGAGUAAGAUCCGUUCAAGGUUGCAAUUUGACAGUAUGGAAGAGGACAGUCCGGAAGAGUUUCUUGCAGAGUUCAAGGAGAAACAUCUAGGUGCUUGGGGAAUUGUCCAGAUAACUGCUGGCACAGGGCUAGCUGUCUAUGCCAUGUGGGCAGGGGUUCUCAUGCCAGGAUUUCGAAAAGUCCCUCUGAGGUUACAGGUGCCCUAUCUCCCCGCCAGCAAGAAACAAGUGCGGAAUGUGAUGGCACUGCUGAGUGGUCGACAUGGUAACCUUGUGGACUUGGGCUCCGGUGAUGGCAGGAUUGUGCUGGAAGCACACAAACACGGCUUUGGUCCCACAGUAGGAUACGAACUCAACCCCUGGUUAGUUCGUCUAGCUAACUUCCACGCAUGGAGAGCAGGCCAUUAUGGGAAGGUGUCGUAUCGGCAGGAAGACCUCUGGAAGGUGGACCUUACUGAGUGUAAGAAUGUUACUGUGUUUUUGGCCCCCAGCGUGCUCUCUUUACUGCAGGAGAAGAUGGAGGCUGAGCUUCCAGAUGACGCCCUGGUAGUAGCCGGUAGGUUUCCCUUCACUGAGUGGACUCCAUGCAGGAUUGAAGGAGAUGGUGUAGACAGAGCUUGGGCCUAUACCAUGCAGGCCCAAAGACUGCCAGCAGGGAGUGCUGUGCUACCUGUACCUAAAGAGUUGAAAUCACCAGUUUGAACUGAAAGUGAGAGAACCAAGUAACUGA